UACGCCAGCAAGGGCACCCUGCGGGAGUACCUGCAAGCACGGCGGCCCCCGGGCAUGGAGUACUGCUACAACCCGACACGGGUCCCCGAGGAGCAGCUCUCCUUCAAGGACCUGGUCUCCUGCGCCUACCAAGUGGCCCGGGGCAUGGAGUACCUGGCCUCCAAGAAGUGCAUCCACAGGGACCUGGCGGCCAGGAAUGUCCUGGUGACCGAGGACAACGUGAUGAAGAUCGCUGACUUCGGCCUGGCCCGUGACAUCCACCACAUCGAUUACUACAAGAAGACCACGAACGGCCGCCUGCCAGUGAAGUGGAUGGCCCCAGAGGCUCUCUUUGACCGAAUAUACACUCACCAGAGCGAUGUGUGGUCCUUCGGUGUGCUGCUGUGGGAGAUCUUCACGCUGGGUGGCUCACCCUACCCCGGCGUGCCCGUCGAGGAGCUCUUCAAGCUGCUGAAGGAAGGGCACAGGAUGGACAAGCCCAGCAACUGCACCAACGAGCUGUACAUGAUGAUGCGGGAUUGCUGGCACGCCAUCCCAUCCCAGAGACCCACCUUCAAGCAGUUGGUGGAAGACCUGGACAGGAUCGUGGCCAUGACCUCCAACCAGGAGUACCUGGACCUCUCCGUGCCGCUGGAUCAGUAUUCUCCCGGCUUCCCGGACACCCGCAGCUCCACGUGCUCCUCGGGUUCCCACGACCCCCUUCCAGACGAGCCGUGCCUUCCCAAGCUGCCCCCUCAGCACACCAACGGCGGACUGAAGCGACACUGA